AUGGAACAGGAGAAUAGGUCUGGAACAUUAAAGAGGUUCCUUUUGCACCUUCCAACCAAAUCAGAUUUUAAACUUACUAAAGAUGUUAAGAAACAAAUCAGAAAAGCAUUAUUUAUGUCAAUUUCUAAUGAAGGCAAGUAUUUAAAUUGGUUCUUCCCUCAUGCUAAUUCAAACAAUGAAGUUGAGCUUGUUCAUAAAUUGGAUACUGAAUUUAGUUGGAAAUUUCAAGAUUAUCAUAAAACGAUUCUAGCUCAACGAGAACCAAAAGUUCAUACUGAUGAUCAUCAUGCUUAUCAUGGAAAACUGCCGUGUGCAAGAAUAUUCAGAAAGGGUGAACCUAUAUAUAGAUGUUUGACUUGUGCAUUUGAUGAAACCUGUGCUCUUUGUUGUCAUUGUUUUGAACCUGAAUAUCACAAGGGUCAUAAGAUUAAUAUAGCAAUUUGUCAGCGAGAAAAUGGUGGAGUUUGUGAUUGUGGAGAUCCUGAAGCUUGGCUUAAAGACUUUUUAUGCCCCUAUGGAUAUAAUAACAAUGAUGAAAAAGUAAGGAGUCUAUGUCAAGAUAUACCGAAUGAAUUUGCUGUUUCAUUUUUAAGAACAAUUGAAAUACUUUUGGAUUUUGUUAUUGAUAUCAUGAGUCAAUCAGAUUUACAAUUUGAAGAUCCUGAAGAAAUGACUUCAACUAAAAUAGACCUAAAUUCAAUUAAUAGUACUUUGGAUCCACGGAAAUAUGAUUGUGAAGAUAUUAAUUUUGUUGAUUCAAAUAAUGAAAAAUAUUACUUACUUGUAUAUAAUGAUCAAAUACGGUACUAUAGAGAUGCAGUACAAAGAAUACAUUUAGCUAGUAGGAAAGUCAAAGAAUUUGCCGUGAUGGUGACAGAUAAGAUUCAAACUUCAGGUAGAGCAAAGGUAAUAGGAUCACGAAAUAUCAAUUUAUUAAUGGAAAGACAGAAAAUUUUAAGUGCAACUGGAUUAGCAACAUGUAUAAGAAGUAACAGAGAUGUCUUUAGAGAAGAUAUGUGUGAUGAAAUUCUUUUGUGGCUUUAUGAUUUAACCGAAAGCGAAAUAUUCAAGGUUAAUGAUACUGUUAAAGACUUAUUAUGUCGUGCAUUUUGUGGGAAAUGGCAGAAUGGCUUGUUAGUGGCUAGCAAAAAUGAUAUAAAUUAUACUUAUAGGGCAGGAACAUUAGAUUCAAGUUUAAAAAUCCCCAAAGUUCCAUCAUCAAGAGACCCAUAUACCUUAGAUUCUCAUUGGAAAUUUGUCCCUACAAAAUGGAAUUUACCAAAUGAUGUAUGCGAACAAUGUAAUUACAACAUAACCGAUCAGGAAUACUUACCAAAUGUCAAUCAUCUUGGUUCAAGGUUACAAUAUUUACUCCACUUUGAUAUCAGAUUCUGGAAAGCACCUAGAGUGUUAUUACAUGAUAUUUAUUCUACAUCCUUAAUUACCAAUCUAAACUACAAAAAUAUUAUUUGUUGUCAAUACGUUGAUAUUUACCCAGUAGUUGCCGAUAUGUUCCUCAAUAUGGAUAGAGAACCCGAACUUAGUGUUAUGUGUACAUUAUCUACUCAAUUAUUCACCUGUCCUACGAAUUCAACCUCAAUUGUUCAACAUGGGGAUGUUACUAGAAUUUUGGCAUCGAUCUAUGGAUUCUUAACCAGUGAAGACAUUCAAACACCAGAAAAUAUUAAAGUAUCAAAUCAAAUAUCCAUCAAAAGUCUAAAAAAUAGAAGAUGGGGACAAAUAUUCUUUGAUCUUGGAUAUAUUUUAAGUCGAAAUUAUGCUCCCAAAACCAUUCUUUGUGGAAACAUAAUCCCGAUGGCAUGUGAUCUAUUUGCAUUAUUUCAAGGAAGACCGGUAAUGAGACGAGAAAAAACCAAUCAUGUUGAAUAUGAAAGUACUGACUAUACUGCCUUUUUCCAUGCGAUCCUGGUGGUUUAUCAAUUUGGUGAAUAUGUUGCCCAAUCAUUACGAAGAGUUAAAUAUACCGAUAGUUCAGAGAAAUAUAACAUUGGCAGACAAUGCAUUCAAUAUGUGUUACGAUUCUUGAUUAGUCUUGAAAAUGGUACAUAUCCUGGGCUUGUUGACCAAGACAUUGAUAUAAAUAUAAAAGGAGAGAAGGAAUUGAUUAGAGAACCAAUUAGUGGAAUGUUCAUUGAGAAAAGAGAUGAUGAUGAUAAAGUAUGUUUCUUACAUCCACUUCAUUCUUUCUUGAGUUGGUUAGUUGAAUAUUCCGAUUUGAACUCCCCUGCUGAAUUGAUUGAAAUUUUUACACAAGCAACUCAGGGUGAAGAGUAUGGGAUUCCAAAUAUACCAUCAACAAUAUUUGAUUAUUCCAUAAGAACAAUAGUAUUGAUGUCACAGAUCAAAUCUGGGUUUUGGGUGAGAAAUGGAUUUAGUGUAAGAUCUCAAUUACAAUUAUAUAAGAAUUCAGCACUUCGUGAAAAUGGUUACAUACGAGAUUUAUUCCUAGCUCAAGUUUUCCUGAAUUCAAAUGAUCCUAAUCUAGUUUGUUUCCAAUUCUUAAGUCGUUGGUUCUUGUUGGGAAAAUGGUCAGUUGAGGACAGCAGAAUUGUUCGGGAGGGAGAAGAGCAGCAAGAGGAAGAUGCUCCAGUAUAUGAUUCCAAGACUCUACCAUAUAUCAUUGAAGAGUUUAUGUAUUUCUUGAUUCAUUUAUUAACGGAGAAUAUUUAUCUAAAGGGUUCCAAUCAUGAGGCUUUAGUCCAAGCAAGAAUCCAAAAGGAAAUUAUCCAUAAUUUAUGUUUUGGUGGAAUGAAUUAUACAAAAUUAUGUUCUCAUAUUCCUGAUCAUUUACUUUCAGAAAAACGAUUUGAUCCAGUCUUGUGUGAAAUAACAACCUUCAAACCACCUAAGGGAACAAAUGAUCUCGGGAUUUAUCACUUGAAAGAAGAAUAUUUGGAUGAAAUGAAUCCAUAUUAUUUCAGUUAUACUACCAAUGUUAAGGAUGAUGCCAUUAAGUUUGUCAAGAAUAGAAUUCAUAAGAAGACAGGAACACCACUAAAUGAAAUCGUCAUUGAACCAUAUAGACGGAAAAUUGAAGAUUUAGGAAUUUAUAGAUAUAUUGGGAACUUUUCAGCUUCUCCUUAUUUUGCCGAGUUUUUGAUUAGAGCAUUGUUAUAUAUACAAAGUAAUGUUGCUGGUGAAGUUGAUGGAUUGAUGGAGACUACUUUACAUUUGAUUCAUAUUUGUUCAUAUGAACAAUUAUUGAAUACUGAACAACAUGGGACUUUUUAUGAUAAGUUUAUUGCAGUGUCUGAGAAAUAUUCUACUUCAAUAGCUCGUUUGUUAUAUAAGGUGCUUAUGAGAGACGAAUAUUGUGCUCAUCAUUGUAAAGUAAGAGCCAUAAUGAGAGUAUUUGAAGCUAAAUACCACAACCUUAGAGACAUUUUACGGGAACAAGUCCCAGGAUUUGAUAAAAUGAAUAUUGAAAUUGAAUCAAGUUUCACAGCUAGUGAAGAUGAAAUCGCUAAAAAGAAGAGAAUUGCAAAAGAAAGACAAGCAAAACUAUUAGCAAGGUUCAAAAAGCAACAAAAUCUGUUCAUCAAGAAGAAUAUCUUUGAAGCCAACGACGUAGAUAUAGAAAUGGAGGACUGUGCAGCCCAAAGUGGAUGGAACUUUCCAGAAGCGCAUUGUAUGCUUUGUCAAAAUGCAGCUGAGGGAGCUGGUCCCUUUGGACUUAUCACCUAUGUUUCAAAAACGUCGGAGUUUAGAAAUGUACCAUUUGAUGACGAAUAUUGGUUCCUAAAAGCAUUUUCUGAUGGAGUUGAUUUAGAUUCUUCUGAAUACGAUGACAAUUUAGAGCACGAUAAUCCCAAGACUGAAAAGUGGCAAUCAUUUAUGAAACAUGUACGUAAUCGGUUUGUUAUUGGACCUGGAUUCAAAUCUUGUGACGAUGUUGAAAGUAAAUUAGUUUCCCUGAGUUGUGGGCAUGGAAUGCAUUUCCAAUGCUAUUUGAAUUUCCUUAAUACCAAUAAGAAUAAACUGAACCAAAUCACAAGAAAUACCCCUGAGAAUGUCGAGCAUAAGGAGUUUGUAUGCCCAUUAUGUAAGGCAAUUAAUAAUAUGUUUAUUCCAAUAUUAUGGACCACGAAUAGAAGAAACUUAUCGGAAUUUUUAGGUGUUUCCAACAUAUCAAAUCCAUUCCAAAAUCUAAACAUUGAGAAUAUUUAUAAUCAUGAUUGGUAUGAUCAAUUCACAAAAGUAUCAGAUCAAGAUAUUGAAUCUAUGUCAUUAUUGACUCCGACUUCAAAAGAAAUGCUUUCUACAAACUUAUCUAAUGAUAUCAGUCAAGACGAACCUCAACAUCAAUUUAGAUUAUUAUUAAGUAAUAUGUUUCAAAUCCUUUCUUUUCUAACAUUCCCCCAAGUAUUCAAGGCUGAUUCCAUAUUUGUAUUAGUGAAUACUAUAAAAUCAAUUGAAAUAGCACUUCGAGGAACCAGUUCAAAUGGACAGUUGAUUAUUAAUCAAUUACCAAAUAAUUGUUUGAUAAAUUUGAGAACAUUGAACGAAUUCAGGAAUACCAGUGUUCUAAUGAAGAUUAAAGGCUGGAUCCAUACACCAAAUCCUAGAGGCGAUGGUUAUGCAAAGAUGCUUGCACAUUUGUUCCUGUUAGGCAAAGGACCAAUUAAUACGUCGAUUUUGGAAGUUGAUUUCUUUGAAUGUUUGGUAAAUAUUCUACCAUUGCCUUCGGCAGGAUUUGACUUUCAUUCUAUUUUAGAAAUGGCGUUUACUGGUCACUUGAUCCAAACUUUGAAUUUAUUAACAAAUGAAAUGGGUAAGAAUUUGAAGAAAGAUUGGAGAUAUUCAGUGUUUGAUAUACCAACAAUUUCAAACGUCCCUUCACAAGUUGCGGAUAAUACAAGAAGAUGCUUCGAAAAGUUGAUAAAAUUAGAUGAACAUACCAAGCCGAUAUUUGAAAAUGAAAAAUUUGGUACUGUUGCAUAUUCAUUACUAGUGAAGUCUGUCACCCCGUUCUUAAGAAGAGUUGCCAUCUACGCUUACGUUCAAUGUGCUAAUAUAGAAUCCAUUGAUUUUUCGUUGUAUUCAUCCUCGGAAUUAGAAGCUGAUAGAUUAUGUACCUUCUUGAAUUUAAAAUCAAUUGCUGAAUAUUUGCAAGCAUUUACUGAUCCAAACACGAGUUCAACUGAAGGCAAGAUUUUCGGCGAUUUCAUCGACUAUCUAAGCUUAACACGUAAAUCAGCUAACAUAUAUCACAUUCAAAAGAAACUUGAAUAUCCAGGAAUAGUUAAAUUAGUGGAUUUACCAGAAAGAUUAGAUUAUUUCUUCACAAAAUAUUACUAUCUGGAUAGAUACAAUAAUCCAAACUUAACGAUUGAAGAUCCUGCAGUGUGCUUGUUUUGUGCCGAAGUCGUGGAUGCUCAGAAACAAGCAAUGGGAUGUAUCGAGGGCCAAUGUACAGAUCAUUAUUUGAAAGAAUGUCCUCACGAUGUUGGUCUUUUCUUAUUGCCAAAGGAUAGAACUUUGCUACUUUUACAUAAGAAUGGUGGCUCUUUUUACAAUGCGCCAUAUUUGGAUGAACAUGGAGAGUUAGCGGAUGAGUCAAAGAAGCUGAAGGCUUUAUAUUUCCUGAAGUUAAGGUAUGAUGACUUUACAAGGAACGUCUGGUUACAGCAUAAUGUUCCAAAUUAUAUAGUAAGAAACUUAGAGAGUGUAUUGGAUCCAGGUGGUUGGGAAACUUUAUAG